AUGCGCCGACAUCCCCUCACGAUCCUCCAAAGAUGGCGUGCCCCAUCUCUUAUCCCCCAUCGAACCGUUCACGGUAACCCGGCAGCCACCCCAGCAUCGCAUGUGCGGCCGGCACUCUUUCGACAACGAAACCAACACCAGCACCGCACCCUCCUGACCCUCGCAAUCGAAACCUCGUGCGACGACACCUGCGUCGCCCUCCUCUCCAAAGACCCCGGCCCCCUCGGCCGCGCAACCCUCCACUUUCACCGCAAAAUCACAUGCGACAGCACGGCCUACGGCGGCGUCUACCCGCCCGUCGCCCUACGCUCCCACGACGCCUCACUCGCGCCCCUCAUCGCCGAAGCCCUCUCGUCUCUGCCCCCGGCCACCGAAGCAAAAGCUCGAAGCCACGAUGACGGCGACGUCGGUUCAUUACGCAACAACACGCUCACAGUUGCCGGCACUCUGCGCCAGAAACCCGACUUCGUGACGGUGACCCGCGGCCCCGGCAUGUCCGCGAACCUCGCCUCCGGGCUCUCAACGGCAAAAGGCCUCGCGACAGCCUGGCAGGUACCGCUCCUGGGCGUGAACCACAUGCAAGCCCACGCCCUCACCCCGCGUCUCGUCUCCGCGCUCGCCCGCCAGGACCCGACGACAUCUACAGCGUCCUCGUCCACCUCCUCCCCAGCGACACCCGAUGCCACCGCUAUAAAACCAGAAUACCCCUUCCUCACCCUCCUAGUCUCCGGCGGCCACACCCAGCUAGUCCACUCCCGCUCCCUCACAUCCCACCGCAUACUCGCCUCCUCUGACAACAUCGCCGUGGGCGACGCCCUUGACAAGGCCGCUCGCCAUAUCCUCCCGCCAGACAUGCUAGCAUCUCACGGAGACGUCAUGUACGGCGCCCUCCUCGAACGCUUCGCCUUCCCCGACUCGUUUCCCUCCUCUACAUCGCCAUCAGACCCCCCAAGCCAGCACGACUACGACUACAAAUACACCCCUCCUCUCCGCCGCGUCGACGAAAUCGCGCCGUACACCGCUCCCCCGCCCUACUCCUGGACCCUCCACCCUCCCCUCUCCACCUCCCGCGCCCUAUCCUACGAGUUCAACGGUCUAGGCAGCGAGGUCCGCAGAAUCGCCACAGCAAAAGGCGACUCCAUGUCCCUCGAAGAACGACGGACCCUCGCCCGCGCCACCAUGCGUCUCCUAUUCGAACACUUGGCCACUCGCAUCUUCCUCGCCCUCGCCGCCGAGCCGGAGCUGAAAGAUGCACUGAAAACACUCGUCGUAAGCGGCGGGGUCGCAAGCAACCGCUUCCUCAUGCACGUGCUGCGGAAGAUGCUCGAUGUCCGCGGGUUCGGGCACUUGGAGAUCACGGCGCCACCGCCGGCGUUGUGUACGGACAAUGCGGCUAUGAUUGCAUGGAGUGGCAUGGAGAUGUAUGAAGCUGGCUGGGAAAGUUUGCUUUCCGUACAUCCCGAGCGCAAGUGGUCGAUUGACCCUGCUAGCGAAGAGGGUGGGAUCCUGGGUGUCCCUGGAUGGAGAAGAAAAGAACAUUAA